CGCCAUUAAAAAAAAAAAAAAAAAAAAAAUCCCCUCUCUUGUUCUCUUCCGAAGAUCGCAAUAUAUAGAACCUCAUUCGGGAUUAAGCAAGUGCAAGAGGACUCGCUGGCCGUCGAUCUUUGAGGCAUGGCGACCGGGGAUCCUGUAGCCUUCGACCUCGUCGACUUCCUCAAUGCUUCGCCCACUGCUUUCCACGCCGUCGAUGAGGCGAAAAAGCGUCUGAAACAAGCUAGAUUCAAUCAGAUAUCGGAGAGGGAGGAUUGGGUGCUGGAAUCCGGGAAGAAGUAUUUCUUUACGAGGAACUACUCCACCAUUGUCGCCUUUGCUAUUGGAAAGAAAUAUGUUGCUGGGAAUGGAUUCCACAUCAUAGGAGCCCACACUGACAGCCCUUGCCUCAAAGUCAAGCCUAUCUCGAAGGUAACAAAAGGAGGAUACCUUGAGGUUGGCGUCCAGACAUAUGGAGGUGGAUUGUGGCACACUUGGUUUGACCGUGACUUAACCCUGGCUGGUAGGGUGAUGAUAAAAGAAGUAAAGGAUGGCUCAGUCUCCUACUUGCAUAAACUUGUCAGGAUUGAGGAGCCCAUCAUGCGUAUUCCUACCCUGGCUAUUCAUCUAGAUAGGGGCGUUUCAGAAGGCUUCAAAGUUAAUACACACAAUCAUCUAGUCCCUGUGCUGGCAACAUCAAUUAAGGGUGAAAUUCAGAAACUGGCAGGAGAAAAUGGUCCUGUUGAAUCAAAUGAGAAAAGGAAUAUUGAUAAGAAAAAACAUCACCCAGUAUUACUUCAGCUGAUUGCUAAUCAGGCUUGCUGUGAACCAGAUGAAAUAUGUGACUUUGAGCUGCAAGUUUGUGAUACUCAACCAAGUCUUGUAGGUGGUGCUAUGAAAGAGUUCGUAUUCUCGGGAAGGCUCGACAACCUGUGCAUGUCAUUUUGCUCAUUACAGGCUUUAAUAGAAUCGACAUCUGCUGAAAGUUCUCUCGAUGAUGAAUCUGGUGUGAGGAUGGUGGCAUUAUUUGAUCAUGAGGAGGUUGGAUCUAACUCAGCUCAAGGAGCUGGUUCUCCUGCCAUGUUGGAUGCUCUGUCAAGAAUAACAAAGUCCUUCAACUCUUCAGAUUCCAAUUUGCUUGAGAAGGCAAUUCAGAGGAGUUUCCUUGUAUCUGCAGACAUGGCGCAUGCCUUACAUCCUAACUAUAUGGACAAACACGAGGAAAACCAUCAACCUAAAUUGCAUGGUGGUCUUGUUAUUAAGCACAAUGCCAAUCAGCGUUAUGCCACAAAUGCCAUCACUUCGUUUAUAUUUCGGGAGAUUGCAGAAAGGCAUAACUUACCCAUUCAGGAUUUUGUGGUACGUAAUGAUAUGCCCUGUGGUUCAACCAUUGGUCCCAUACUUGCAAGUGGUGUUGGAAUCCGAACAGUUGACGUUGGUGCACCGCAAUUAUCAAUGCACAGCAUAAGAGAGAUGUGUGCUGUUGAUGAUGCCAAACAUUCCUUUGAACAUUUCAAGGCAUACUUUGACGAGUUCACCCAGCUGGAUGCAAACAUAAUUGUGGACAUGUAAUAUCUUGUCACUUUCCAGGCUGCUGCAGAUGUUUAUGAGGUAUAUCUUUGCUUUGAAGGCAACUGAAAACUUGUAAUAUUUGAGGCAUGAUUGCUAUUAUCUCACUGGGUUGCGUAGAAAUCUCCAUGUCAGCGUCUUUUAGUGGAUGUCAGCCCUGCUACUGCUAGACCACUUGCAAUGUUCAAACCAUUAAUCCAUGCAAUGCAUCCCCAUUUCUUUGGAAA